AAAGCAUCGAUCAACCGAAUUUUUGAGCUUCUACUCUACUUCGUCAAGCUAAGCCCACUCAACUCCACCAAAGGACCUUCGCGACGUGGCCCUCCACCUCUGCCUAGCACCUCUCAGCCUAAGAUUAAUUCCAACAAAAAAGUAGAAAUACUGAGCAACAAGCAAAAAGGCAACAAGAGAAGUGCGGAAAAGUUGCAGAGGCAAUAAACCAGCAACAGUCAUGUCGUCGCUGGUUAGAGCGGAGAGGGUGCUCUCGUCCACCUUACCAAGAGGACUCAAUAACCCGAAAACAACUUCUCGAUCUUUACUAGCACCCACACUCGCCUUGGCCUCACUCCGAACCUUCCACGAUACUGCGAGAGCCCUCGCCCCGUCGCCGCCCACUAUCAGCGGACUCGGCACCGUCCCACCCUCCUACUUCCAGCGCCCCUCCUUGCCCGCCAACACCAUCAUCCGAUUCGUACCACAACAGACAGCAUGGAUUGUCGAGCGUAUGGGCAAGUACCACCGCAUCCUCGAGCCGGGCCUAGCUAUCCUCAUACCUUUCCUCGACCGAAUCGCCUACGUCAAGAGCCUCAAGGAAGUAGCGAUAGAAAUACCUAGCCAGAGCGCCAUCACAGCCGACAAUGUGACGCUGGAGCUAGACGGCGUCCUAUACACCCGAGUCUUUGACGCAUACAAGGCCAGUUACGGCGUUGAAGAUGCCGAGUAUGCCAUCUCGCAGCUCGCACAAACCACCAUGCGCAGCGAGAUCGGCCAGCUAUCCCUCGACCACGUGCUCAAGGAGCGCGCCGCCCUCAACACCAACAUCACCGCCGCCAUCAACGAGGCCGCGCAAGCCUGGGGCGUCACCUGCCUGCGCUACGAGAUCCGGGACAUCCACGCGCCCGCCGCCGUCGUCGAAGCCAUGCACCGACAGGUGACAGCCGAGCGGUCCAAGCGCGCCGAGAUCCUCGAGUCCGAAGGUCAGCGCCAGAGCGCCAUCAACAUCGCCGAGGGCAAGAAGCAGUCGGUGAUCCUGGCAUCCGAGGCGCUGCGCGAGGAGAACAUCAACCGCGCGACCGGCGAAGCCGAGGCUAUUUUCAUGAAGGCCAAGGCCACCGCCUCCGGCAUCGACGCCGUCGCGCGCAGCAUCAGCGAGGGCGGCGCCUCCGCCCACGGCGCCGUCUCCUUCAGCGUCGCCGAGAAGUACGUCGACGCCUUCGGCAAGCUCGCCCGCGAGAGCACCGCCGUCGUCGUCCCCGGCAACGUCGGCGACAUCGGCGGCAUGAUCGCCACCGGCCUCAGCGUCUUCGGGAAAGUCGGCGAGGCCCAGAACCGCACCAUGGCUAAGCAGUUGAUUGAGCAGCAGCAGAAGCAGAAUGACGAGGCGGAGGAGGUCGGGCCCGAUGGGAAGCCGAGCAAGAAGAGCGUGGUUGACUCUAUGGUUCGCGAGUUCGACAAUACGGCGAGGAGGAAGUGAAGGGAGAGUAAAACCUAACAGAGAGAUGACGCAAACAAAAAACGGAGGGAGAUAAACCCUCAAGACAAAACGAGCUAUAAAGGGGGAGCUUUGUAACACUAAAAAAUACCUAGGCAACGUAGGCAGGAGCCGGUUGUUCUCCUGUCUAUGAAAAAGGGUGGACGAGAAAAUGAAUCUAUAAGAAGGGGUACGGGGGCAAAGGGGAAAG